AUGUCAUCAAAUAAUCCAUUCGCUUCUGCCUUAAAUGAAGAUGAGGGUUACGUUGGCCGUCGCGCAGCCCCAGCAAUUCCUAGACUGGGGCGUUCAAUUACACAAUCUGGACCUCCAGCUAAAGAACAAGUUCCUCCACCAGCAUAUGAAGAGGUGGCCGACCCAGAAAAAGUGAAAGCAGAUUAUCCAAGAGAAAAGGAGCGUGGGCUGACGUCGAGGACUCAUCGCUCCUCAAGACCCCACCGUUCACACUCAGAUUCGGCAAGACAUCGUACUAAGUCAUCCGGGUAUGACAGAGAGAGAAGGCGCCACCACAAGUCUUCUAGAAAUAAAUCACCUUCAAAAAAGCUUCCAGAGCCAGUCAAGUCUAAAAACAUGGAUACGAUUGAUAAAUUGGAUGUCAGCGGUUUUUUUGGUGGUGGAUUUCAUCACGAUGGUCCUUUUGAUGCUUGCACCCCUCAUCGUAACAAGAAUGUCAAAGCUGCUCCCGUAAUGGCGUUCCCAGCAGAUGGACCAAACAAUACAAUCUCAGGUAUGACGGGUUCUUCUAAAACGGACCAGCUAAAUAAGGCUUUCGGCAAUUUUGAUGACAAUGACCAGAACGAGAUUGUUGGAAGAAGGAUCAGUGUCAGAAGAGCGAAAUCUGCUGAUAACGAUGUGCCAGUGGUAAAGACAAGUAAGAGCUCAAAUGACCCUCUCUCGACUUAUAAUACAAUGAAAGCUAAUCCAUCAGUGAUCAAUUUCGAUUCUAAGCUGAAGGCCGAACCCAUUCAUGGCUCCACAACUGCAGGGUUGGGAUCAUCUACAUUCGUAGACGGAGCUCCUGCGCCAAAGCCAGUUGCUGAUGAAUACUUGUCUGUCCCAGGAGGUGGUGGUGGAUUAGGGAGGAAGAAGUCUCUCGUUCAAAGAUUGCGCAAUAGUCAUAGCGAGAACAGUUCCAGAAGAAGCUCUUCUGAAGCAAAUGAAGGUAGAAGGGGUUCCUUUGGUCUUGAAGAUGAUGCUGAUAAUAAUGCAGGAUCUUCACUUUUGAGGAGAGUAAAGAGCUUAAAGGUUAGAAGGUGA